CUUUCCCCCUCUCUACUCAGACAAACAAAACAAACUAGGUAACUAAUCAUCAUGAAACAUCCUCUAUAUCCAACACUAAGAAAAAGCAAUUCUAACCAACAAAACAUUACUUCCCUUAAAUUUACCACUCUUUACAAAGCCUAUUUCUCAACCAUUUCCUACACAAACACAACCCCAAAACCAUGAACCAUUUCCUUUCUCUCUUUCUCACUACAUCUUUCUCAAUUCUCUUCUUUCUCACAAAAAUUCCACUUGUUUUGUCCAUUACCACCACCUCUACUUCAAAUCUUUCAAUUCAACUCAUUUCUCUUUUGUCCUUAAAAUCUUCUUUUCAAGAUCCUAACAAUACAUUCCAAGAUUGGAAUCCCACAACCACCUUCUCAAAAUUUAGUUUUCAACCCUUUUGGUGUUCAUGGUCUGGCAUUAAAUGUGACACAAAAACAAGCCAAAUUACAACACUUAAUCUCUCAAGAAGAAAUCUUUCUGGUAAAAUUCCACAAGAUAUUAGAUUCUUGGUACAUUUACACCACUUAAAUUUAAGUGGAAAUUCUUUUGAUGGUCCUCUACAAACAAUUAUUUUCCAAUUUCCUUUCCUUAGGACACUUGACAUUAGUCACAACUCUUUUAAUUCAACAUUUCCACUUGGCAUUACUAAGCUCAAAUCUCUCUCACAUUUAAAUGCCUAUAGCAAUAGCUUCACUGGCCCUUUGCCACAAGAAAUUGUUCAACUUCAAAAUCUUGAGUACUUAAAUCUUGGUGGAAGUUACUUUGAUGGUGAAAUUCCAACAAGUUAUGGAAAUUUCAAAAAAUUGAAAUUUUUACAUUUGGCUGGAAAUUUACUGUGUGGUAAAAUCCCAGUUGAGUUAAGUUUCUUGAACCAACUUGAACAUAUAGAAAUUGGAUACAACAAUUACACUGGCAAUAUUCCUUCUGAAUUUUCCUCUUUAUCAAAUUUGGCCUAUUUAGACAUUUCUCAAGCUAAUCUCUCUGGUGAAAUUCCAUUUCAAUUAGGAAACUUGAAAAAUCUUGAAUUUUUACUUCUUUUCAAGAACCAUUUUAUUGGCAAAAUUCCUCAGAGUUUUUCCAAACUGACAUUGCUGAAAUCACUGGAUUUAUCAGAUAAUCAUCUCUUUGGCAAUAUUCCAGAUGGAUUUUCAGAAUUAAAGGAGCUCAGCAUGUUAUAUUUGAUGAACAAUAAUUUAACAGGUGAAAUUCCACAAGGAAUUGGUGAGCUUCCAAAUCUUGAAUUAUUAUCUCUUUGGAAUAAUUCACUCACUGGAAUUUUACCACAAAAAUUAGGAUCAAAUGCAAAGUUACAAAAACUUGAUGUCUCUUCAAAUUCUUUGUAUGGUCCCAUUCCACCAAAUCUUUGUCUUAGCAACAAGUUAGUUAAACUCAUCCUUUUUUCAAACCAGUUCAGUGGUAAGAUUCCUUCAUCCUUAGCAAAUUGCACAGCUUUAUCGCGGUUGAGAAUUCAAGACAACAAACUCAACGGCUCGAUUCCUUUAGGAUUCGGGUUUUUGCCAAAUUUCACAUACAUGGAUAUCAGCAAGAAUAAUUUUUCAGGUACAAUUCCAAAAGAUUUUGGAAAUGCCGUGAAAAUGGAGUACUUGAACAUAUCUGAGAAUUCAUUUAACAGCGAGUUGCCUGAAAAUAUUUGGAAAGCGCAGAGUUUACAGAUAUUCUCCGCAAGUUACAGUGGACUUAUUGGAAAGCUUCCUGAUUUUAAAGGGUGUGAAAAUUUGUACAAAAUUGAGAUUGAAGGAAAUAAUCUCAAUGGUAGUAUUCCAUGGGAUAUUGAACAUUGUGAAAAGCUAAUUUCGUUAAAUUUUCGACGAAACUCGCUUACUGGAAUCAUUCCCUGGGAAAUAUCUGCAAUUCCUUCAAUAACAGACGUUGAUUUGUCACAUAAUUUUCUCACUGGGACAAUUCCUUCAAAUUUUGGCAAGUCUAGUACAUUGGAACAUUUUAACGUGUCAUAUAAUCAAUUAACAGGUCCAUUGCCUUCUUCAGGAUCAAUAUUUUCUACAUUUCAUCCGUCGUCGUUCAUUGGAAACGAAGAUCUUUGUGGUAUUAUUAUACAUAAACCGUGUAGGACGGACAGACUCAACGACGGGGAAAUAGAAAUUCGGCGACAACCCAAACAAACGGGCGCCGGUGCAAUAAUCUGGAUUGGGGUUGUAGCAUUUGGAGUAGUAUUGUGUUUCCUCUUUGUGGGUGUCCGAUGUUUCUAUUUGAAUUAUAGCCAAAGAUUUUCAAGUGAUAAGGUAAUUGGACCGUGGAAAUUAACAGCAUUUAAAAGGUUAAAUUUCACGGCAGAUGAUGUCCUGGAAAGCAUAACAACCACAGACAAGAUACUAGGAAUGGGAUCUGCAGGUACAGUGUACAAGGCAAAAAUGCCAGGUGGCGACAUCAUAGCGGUGAAGAAGCUAUGGGGGAAGCAGGUGAAGGAGACAAUAAGGAAAAGAAGGGGUGUAUUAGCUGAGGUUGAUGUCUUAGGCAACGUAAGACAUAGGAACAUUGUGAGACUAUUAGGUUGUUGCAGUAACAAUGAGUGUACCAUGUUGUUGUAUGAGUAUAUGCCUAAUGGAAACCUAGAUGACUUGUUGCAUGGCAAGAACAAAGAUACAAAUUUGGUGGCUGAUUGGUCUACUAGGUACAAAAUUGCACUAGGGGUGGCACAAGGAAUUUGCUACUUACAUCAUGAUUGUGAUCCUGUAAUUGUUCAUCGUGAUCUAAAACCUAGUAAUAUUCUUUUGGAUGGAGAAAUGGAAGCUAGAGUUGCUGAUUUUGGAGUUGCUAAAUUGAUUCAGUGUGAUGAAUCUAUGUCCGUUAUUGCUGGAUCUUAUGGCUACAUUGCACCUGAAUAUGCUUAUACAUUGCAAGUGGAUGAGAAAAGUGACAUCUACAGCUAUGGGGUGGUGCUAAUGGAAAUUUUGUCCGGAAAAAGAUCGGUAGAUCCAGAAUUUGGUGAUGGAAAUAGCCUUGUUGAUUGGGUGAGGUCCAAAAUGAAGAACAAAAAUGGUAUAAAUAGCGUGUUGGAUAAAAGUGCUGGCGCUUCAUGUCCUCGGGUGAGGGAGGAAAUGAUGUUGUUACUUAGGAUAUCGUUGCUAUGUUCUAGCCGAAAUCCGGCUGAUAGACCUUCUAUGAGGGAUGUUGUGUCUAUGUUACAUGAAGCCAAACCUGAAAGAAAGUUGUCUACGAAUGGUGGUGGUAGUGCAACUGCGGCUUUUUCUUUGGCACAAAAGACCAAUGUUGAGUGUUAAUAUAAUUGGAAAUUUGGUUUGUUUGUUUUUUUUUGUCUCUUUUUCUCUUCAAAUUGUGGGGGAUUGGUAAUUUGGUAUAGGAGAAGUCAAUAUUUUCUUUUAAAA